AGCUAGCAGCGGUUCCUUUCUUCUUCUUCUUUCUUUUUAAAGGGAAUUUGGGGCUGCCAUAGAAGGGAAAAAUGACCCUUAGGAAGAGAGCAUUUCAGUGACGCAAAAAUCAAACCCACUUCUUCUUUGCUGAAUUUCGAAAUUUCCCUUUGGAGUGGGAAAUUUUUGGUGUUUCAAGAAGGGACUUUGUUCCUCUUAUCUUCUUCUUUUCUUUGGUGCUUCUUGGCUGCCAUUUGGUGAUCCUUGGAGUACAAAUUUGGGGCUGUUUUGUGGGACUCUACUUGGUUUGAGAAGAAUCACCAAAAAAGGGAGAAAAAAAAGGAGGAGGAGAACAAGUUACUGGAGGACUAUGGAGAAACUUGUUUCAAAUUGGUAUAGUGUUCAAUCCUUACCUGAAACCUAUGUGUUUCCACCAGACCAAAGACCAGGGAAGCUCAUCGUUCCUCUAUGCAAGACCAUUCCAGUGAUUGAUCUUGGAAAGGCCGAAGAUCAUGAUCAAAGCGAUAUAGUUCAACAGAUUUUGAACGCUAGCCAGGAGUUCGGAUUCUUUCAGGUGAUCAACCAUGGAGUUUCAGAAAAUCUAGUUGAUGAUACAGUGAGUUUAUUCAAGGAGUUCUUCAAUAUGCCAGACGAGGACAAGGCAAGUGUGUACUCCGAGGACUCCAAUAAGAGUUGCAAGCUUUUCACGAGCAGUUUGAACUACGCCAACGAAGAGUUUCACUUAUGGAGAGAUAAUUUGAGACACCCUUGUCAUCCUUUGGAGGAAUGGAUGCAAUUCUGGCCUGAAAAGCCAACUAGAUAUAGAGAGGUGGUUGGGACAUAUUCAGCUGAAGUACGGGAAUUGUCAUUAAGGAUUCUGCAGCUGAUUUGUGAAGGAUUAGGACUUGAACAGGGGUAUUUUAGGGAUGAACUGGCCAAAUGUCAGUUACUGUCAGUUAAUCACUACCCACCAUGCCCUGACCCAAGUUUAACUUUAGGAUUACAUAAACAUUGUGAUCCUAACCUCAUAACCAUUCUACAUCAAGGAGAUGUAUGUGGACUCCAAGUCAUCAAGGAUGGUCAAUGGAUUGGUAUUGAGCCUCUUCCCAAUGCAUUUGUGGUUAACAUAGGUUACCAAUUGCAGAUUAUUAGUAAUGGGAAGCUUAAAUGUCCUGAACAUCGAGCUGUGACAAAUUCAAAAGAAGCUCGGACUACCAUUGUCACCUUCAUCUAUCCUUCUUUGGACAGCGUUAUAGAACCUGCAGAAGAGCUGGUCAAUGAAUGCAACCCCCCACUCUAUAGAGCCUUCCAGUAUGGAGAGUUUUCUAGCACCUACACAGCCUGCAAUGGUGACACGGAAACUGUAUUGGAGGCUUAUAAGCUCCGUGUUUGAAGUAAUUGUGUGAGAAUAAAAAUGCUAGAGUGUGAGUUGCCAAAAACGGUUCAUUUUAACAAGCUCUUCUCAAUUUGAUGUAUUGAAUAAGUAAAAUGUCACUGGUUUGAACAAAAAGCCUACUGAUUCUGGUGGCUCUGAUACUUACAUCGUGGAAGACAGUAAAAGUUAUUUAUAUGUUUUUGAAUUUCAGGAAGAGUGCUUGAACCAAGCCACUCUGUGUGGAUUAUAAUAGGAAGUCAGUUUAUAUAA